UCUCAAAAUCCGUUGGAGCGUUAACGUUUUUAGUUCAGUAUCAAUAAAGUAAACAAAUAAAUUGCUUUUAAAAUGUCAGCUCAAUCGCCUGUACUGAACGAUGCAUCGGAGAUACACUGCCAUGAUUUAGGUGAAUCCGAGGGUCGUAGCAGGCACCAGUGUCACUACACGGCUAGUCCUCCCAGGCUAGCUGAACAGGAUGACCUCAGGGGACGGGCGCGUGGGCAGAGAGAACGCAGGCCGAGGUCACAGCCAGGACAGGCUGAGGCUGUGCCCGCAGCGGCAUUGGUGGAUGACUGUGAGAGGCUUGGCACACUGUUUGGUGAGCUGAAUAAAUGUUUGAGAGGGAUCGGAUUCACACAGCUCUACUUCGGCGAGAAGAUUGUGGAGCCAGUGGUGGUCCUUCUCUUCUGGGUUCUUCUUUGGUUCCUGGGCAUCCAAGCGCUUGGUCUUGUGGGAACUCUCUGCAUUGUCAUUAUCUACAUCCAGAAGUAAUCCAGAGAGUGCUUGACACUGAGCAGAUUGACACCUGAUACAGAAAUGAACAAAAUGGAUGGAUGGAUGAGCGGCAGCCAGGGACGAAGAAAAAGCAGAAGCAAUUCUUUUUAACACAGAUCAGCUCUAUUAAUGCUACUUGAGACCACUUUAGUAUCCUGUGUGCAGGUUUCUGCAUCAACUGUAUGUGUG